CAACCCCAGAGUGCAAGUUGCAGCAAUUCAAGGAGGUGCUUUACAAAAAUUGCUGGUUAUUUUGGCCACAGAUCAGUCCUUCACUGUAAAGAAAAAGGCUCUUUUUGCUUUGUCAUCGAUGCUGCGACACUUUCCUUACGCCCAGCAACAAUUUCUCAAACUUGGAGGCCUUCAAGUACUCAGGAAUCUUUGCACAGAGAAAGGAAUGGAGAUACUGUACAUCCGCACUGUGACCCUUCUCUACGACUUAGUAGUAGAAAAGAUUAUAUAUAAUUAGCACAAGUCUACCAGUCUGAAGGAGAAGAGCAAGCUGAGCUGGAAGGCAAGGUUAGAGAUGUCACCAGUUUGGAAUCAUUGCAUUGCCACUAAAGACCUAACAUACAGCAAUCAUCAAUGGGGCACCAUUGGAAAGAGGGGAGUCGCUAAGUUUUGCUGAGCAUCUGAAUACGCGUCUUUCAACUGUGCCUUGAACCUUGUCAGAAUAGCUGUCGGGGGUGUGAAGGUAUAGCCUUAUCCUCUGGUUUAUCCUUUAACUUGGGCCCGAGUUCCUUCUCUACCGGCUGUUCCUUCUUGCCCAGCAUGAGCACGUGUGAGAGUAUAUGCAAAUUACUAUCAAGGAAAGUAUCGCAAUCAAGCUUCUCUGCUGGGAUUUAAGAACAGAGAUGAGCAGGGCAAGCUCCCAGCAUACAAUUCAGGAGGAUUUGACUUCCCUUCUCUCUCUUAAGCCAGAGAAACACCCUUCCUUAAUUAUAACGUAGCAGUAAGGAGAUGCUUGUGAUUAGGAUGUAAUUAAUGAAGUGCCUAUAUAGCAAUUUACCCAGGAGGCAGCCCAGUGGAGCAAAGGCAUUGUAUUUUUUAAAAUUAUUAUUAUUAUUGUUAUUUAGAGAAUGCCUGCCCCCAUUGUGUUGUGUAUCUGGCUGCUGUAUGCUGUGAGCAACCUUUUACUUCAUCUGUGUAGCCAGAUGGCUGGCUUGCGGGGCCCAUGUGGGAGUUUUGCAGACAAAAAUCAAGCAUCUUGGGCUGCAUCCAUAUUAUUUCUAGGGAGCAGAAGGAGAGAGAGACAACACCCUCCCCUCCUCCUUUUACUACUAAUCUGACAUUGGCCCCGAUCUAGCAGAGGAGGUGGAUGACUCUUGCAUUGGAAAAAAGGGAUGGUGAAUAGGAUUUCCCUUAGGGGAAAUGCACAAUUCUACCUUCAUCCCGCUAUGUAGUGCUGCUUCUCCAUCCUCAUGGAAGCUGCAGAAUGAAAAAAAAAAAUAUCCAAAAGACUGGACUAUAAGCAAGUUCUAAUUAAUAUAAAUCCUUAGAAAACAUGUUCCAUUUUUUUCGAGGUGGCGUUUUGUGUAUGGGAAGAGGUGAAGGCAAACGAUAUAGUUAGAUGUCCUGCUCUACCACAGCCCCAGAGUAUGUUAGUAGUGAUGGUGGAAUUUGUAGUCCAAAACAGUUGCCUUUUUUUUUUUAAUUAAU